AUGGGCUGCGCGGUGAGCACCACCGGCGAGAAAGAAGCCGCGGAAAGGUCGAAGAAGAUCGACAAGGAUCUGAGAGCCGAUGGCGAGCGGGCCGCCAGUGAGGUCAAGCUCCUCCUGCUUGGGGCUGGAGAAUCUGGAAAGUCUACUAUAGUGAAACAAAUGAAAAUUAUCCAUGAAACUGGCUAUAGUAAAGAAGAAUGUGAACAAUAUAAACCUGUAGUGUGUAGUAACACUGUUCAAAGCCUUAUGACAAUAAUUAGAGCCAUGGGACAGCUUAGAAUUGACUUUGCAGACCCUAAUAAAGCGGAUAUAGCACGCCAAUUCUUUACCCUAGCUUCUGCAGCAGAGGAGGGUGAGUUAACUGGGGAACUGGCACUAUUAAUGAAACGAUUAUGGCAGGACGCUGGAGUACAGCUCUGUUUCACACGUAGUAGGGAAUACCAGCUUAAUGACUCGGCAGCAUAUUACCUUAAUGCUUUAGACCGCAUAGCACAACCUAAUUAUAUUCCUACACAGCAAGAUGUCCUUAGAACACGUGUAAAAACAACAGGAAUUGUAGAAACAAACUUUUCUUUUAAGGGCUUACAUUUUAAAAUGUUUGAUGUUGGUGGUCAAAGAUCAGAAAGAAAAAAAUGGAUACACUGUUUUGAAGGGGUUACUGCUAUUAUUUUUUGUGUUGCAUUAAGUGGCUAUGACUUGGUUCUUGCUGAGGAUGAAGAAAUGAAUAGAAUGAUAGAGUCAAUGAAGUUAUUUGAUUCUAUCUGCAAUAGUAAAUGGUUUGUUGAAACAUCAAUCAUUUUAUUCUUAAACAAGAAGGAUCUUUUUGAAGAAAAGAUUACCAGGAGCCCACUGACCAUUUGUUUCCCAGAGUAUAAGGGUGCCAACACUUAUGAAGAAUGUGCUUCUUAUAUUCAAAUGAAAUUUGAGAAUUUGAAUAAAAGGAAAGAUCAAAAACAAAUUUAUACACAUUUUACAUGUGCCACUGACACAUCUAAUAUACAAUUUGUAUUUGAUGCUGUAACUGAUGUCAUAAUCAAAAACAAUUUGAGUAAUUGUGGUUUACUAAGUUAAACAUUCCAAUACUCUAUGAAUUCAGAAAGGGUAGAUUGACAUCUGAGGUUCAUAAACCUAUGUGAAUGCA